AUGUCCGAGAUCGAGUAUAACAAUUUACUUUUUGAAAUAAGCGAGAGGCUAGACCAACAAAAUGUACUGGAGCGGUUGCUUUUUAUGUGUAGAAGGAAGUUAUUGCCUGUAUCUGAGAGGCAAGACAGCAUCCAAGAUACGUUGUCGCUGUUUAAAGAACUCGAAGAUCGCAAUUGUUUGGGAGUUGAUCGUGUUCAGGUUCUGAAAGACUUGCUCAAAGGUGUACGACAGUGGUCCCUUUUCGGGAAAGUUAAAAAAUUCGAGAGCACAAGAACAGAAUACAAUGGCUUGAUAGAGCAGAUUAUUCUCGUACUCGACGAACUCAAUGAUAUGGAACGACUGAUUGCAAUUUGCAGAAUGGCUAUUGCGGAAGCGAAUGACAGCAACAUUCAAGACGUUCGAUCGUUGUUUAAAGAACUGGAAAACAACGAAUGCUUAGGGAUUGACUGCCUGGGAUUGUUGAAAGAGAUUUUGACCAAAACAGAACAAGGCGAUUUGUUAAGAGAUGUUGAGGAGUUUGAAGCGAGACGAAAUCGGGAGGAUGAGUUUGAAAGUCGAAAAGGUAUUGGUUUCACUUGUUGUUAUUCAGUUCCCUGACCUUAUCGUAAGGGUGAAUUUGAAUAUUCUAAUCUGUUAUCAUGUUUGUUAUAUUUCAGCGCAAGUAGCUGAUUUCAUGUCGUCUGUCGGCAACAGACUGAUAGGAGGUAAGUCAACUGUUGCAGUAGAGAAUUUCAUUGCAAUUGGUCGCCCAACCGUGUUACUUGUCUCUUGGCGUUACCGAUUUUCCACUUGUUAUGAGUCUCGCUUGUCGGUGUUAGUGUGGGGGGAAUUUGAACACAUAAAUGACAUAACGUCGUCAGAAACGCCUUCAGUUGUCGAACAAAAUCUUUAUAAAUACAGGAAAUAAUUCGCAUUCAAUAUAACAAAACUGAGAAGCACUGUUAGCGUAUUUACUACGAACAAAAGUCUCGUGCAAAGCGGCGGAAAUCGCUGCUACAAGGUCACUGACGGCUCAGAGUUUCUUCGUGAGUCAUGCAACAUACAAAGCGUUCUUUAAAAAAAUCCCACCUAUUGAGAUUACUACAUCAUGACAAAUUCACUGACAUGCAUCAUCGCUCACCGUAUUAAGAGCGACUCCGCGUAAAUAUCAACUAGACGUGGAAAUAGUCAAAAAAUGACCUGGCCUCAAGCUCAGCCAGAAUAAAGCCCUAUGGGCCCUAGUUACAAAAUCGUUGGUUUAAGUACCAUCGAGUGAAUAAUAUUUUUUUAACGAAUUUUUUUCUUCCCGAGGCCUAAAAUGGGCAAAAAUCAUGCGAAAUUAGAGUCAUAUUCAGUAACUCGUACAUUUUAAAAUAAAGUUGGCUACUAAAAUAUAAUGACACUUCACAGUUUUACUAUCUUUCUUCUAUAAUUUUAACUGAUUAGUUCGCGAUUUGGCUAACAAGAGAUUUUUUAAGAAAUUUUCAAAGUUGUUGAUUCAAAAUCGCUUAAUCAACCAUCAAAAUUUGGGUGUCUAGAAAACGACGACCUAGAAAACGAAGACCUACGACCUAGAAAACGACGACCUAGAAAACAACGACCUAGAAAACGACGACCUAGAAAACGACGACCUAGAAAACGACGACCUAGAAAACUACGAUCUAGAAAACGACGACCUAGAAAACGACGACCUAGAAAACGAAGACCUACGACCUAGAAAACGACGACCUAGAAAACAACGACCUAGAAAACGACGACCUAGAAAACGACGACCUAGAAAACGACGACCUAGAAAACUACGAUCUAGAAAACGACGACCUAGAAAACGACGACCUAGAAAACGACGACCUAGGAAACAACGACCUAGAAAACGAAGACCUAAAAAAAAACCGCGGGUGGCGGGGGCUUAGUAGAAGUGUGCGAAAUGCCCCAUCCCCGGACAAAACCAAAAUAGCAUAUUCAUAGCAAAUCUCAGUGUAAUCUUAUCAAACGUGCCAAACACUCACGCAAAUCGCUCAUAGCCGCCAGUCACCCGGGGCUGGUUAUAAGUAAUGCUAAGGUCAAUAGGUCUAAUUUGCACGUGCAGCACACUUUUUUGCACAUCGUAGUACGUGCAGACGAUUCUCUCAAAACCAAAAUUUCUUGGAUGCAUUUUGGGCGCUUUUCAUUCACCCAAAACUUAAGAAACUUUGGAAACAGCGGCAAUUGGUACAGCAUUUUCCCGGAAAAGUUCCCAGACUUCCGGAAACGUUUCCGAAAUGCGAACCAUUCAACCAGUUAGACAUUCGGGAGUAAAUUUGAAUGCGGAAAGAAACUCUUCCCGAUGAUAAUUUUCGAAAAUUUGGGUGUAUAUUGCGAAAAUGCUGUUCCAUUCGGUACUACAUGGAAGUUGCCGAAAAUUUAAACCAGACGUUUUGACUGAAUGGAAUGGCGCCCAUGCAAAGGUAACCAAAUUUGUUACCAAUUGUGCUCCCUUUGCGCGCGCGUGAGAGCUCCACUGAAAAAGUUUCUCAAGUCAAAUUUUCCUUUAGUAUGGUCAAUGAAGUCAUGAUUCAACCUGACUGACUACUGGAAGCAAAAGCUUUGCUUUGACCUAUUUAUUAUCCUGAUAUCAAUUUAAACAAAUUUCCAUCCAAUCUAAAUGACCUAAAUAAUAUACACUGCUUCACUGGCGCGUCGUUUAUAGCGGGAAGUUCAAGCCCACAUAAAUCAAACAGGAAAUAAAUCAGGCGUGCCGUUUUUGUGUUCACAGCUCAAUACCGUAAACAAACAGUUUAUAUUUUGAAAAUAAAGAAAGAAGGGCUUCAACAUUUUCUCGUACCUUUCCAUACAUGAAACGGCAGCAUACCGGUAACGAGAAUUGUGAAAUAUUAUGUGGGACACAAGGAAGGUUGACAUGUCAUCAGAUUUGAACUGUAUUUGAACUGUAAGAUUUGGAUCGUAUCAUCCUAGGAGUUUCUGUUUCCUCACAGGUCCGAUAGCGUGGUAUAUAUGCAGUGAGAUCUCCGGUAGAACUUUUGAAUUGUUCAGAAAUAAAUUAUUACAUCAUGUGAAAUAGAGAAAACGCCGCAGAGCAAAAUUAAAAAUUUCACUUCGGUUCAUCUUUAAUUCUUCCAUCACUUUCACGCAAUGCACAAUGCAAUGUCCAAGACAAAAUAAUAGCUCCUACGAAGACACUAGGCACUCUGUAACUGCUGUUUAAAAAUGCGAGAGACGGUUUUAUAAACCGCGUUAUGAAAACAACGCAAGAACAAUAGGUGUAGGUAUCUCGCCCGGCACAUGUAACGAAGGUUUACGUUAAUCAAUAAAUCAAUCGAGCAUCGCCGCCUAAACGUGAAAAUUUCCCAAAUUUUGACUUUUAGAAAUACUUCGUUCCCCAAACCUCUUUUUAUUAACACACUCCGGGAUCGCUUAUGAAACUAACCCGAUAUACUUUUAAUCAUAAACACUUUAUUGUCCACCUUCCCAGCCAGUUCUAGAUGGGGAGGGUGUUUCCUUAGGAACUGGUUAGCUCCAAUGACCACCAAGCUUUAAUAAUUAUUCGAUCUAAAAGAAAUACGUUUAUAAUUCGCAAUCAGAACAAACACAAAUCGUCUUAAUCUCGUAGCUAAAUUCAGAAAACUUCAAUGUUAACUUACUUCCGUGGCGGGUCGUUACAACAAUCGCACUUUACAGGUUAGCAAAUUCUUUUAACAGAUUCUUCAGGUUUGUGGAUUUAUAGACAGACUGUAAAUUAUUUUCUUUCUAACUUCGAUUCUACUGAAAAACUGGUUUGAAACACAAUAAGCUAAUUCAAUUCUUGUCAUCAAAUAAAUCUAUCCAAUAACAAACAGGCAACGCUUCUUUAGUAAACGAAACAGAGGGGAGACCUCGCGUACCUUGCAUUUCCAUUUCCACCGUUUUAUUCCUUGGCUUCAUACCCUUAGCCGGUACAAAUAAUAUUUACUAUUUUUCUGUAAUUUUCCUUCUUCGCCCACCUCUCACCCCUUCAUAAUUCCCUCCUAUCGUCCUCUUAUUUCCCGCCUUCUGUACCCCUCUAACCCCUUAAAUCCUUCGAGCUACCCCAUCCCUGUCGUCGUUUUCUAGGUCGUAGUUUUCUAGGUCGUUGUUUUCUAGGUCGUCGUUUUCUAGGUCGUUGUUUUCUAGGUCGUUGUUUUCUAGGUCGUCGUUUUCUAGGUCGUUGUUUUCUAGGUCGUCGUUUUCUAGGUCGUUGUUUUCUAGGUCGUCGUUUUCUAGGUCGUAAGUCUUCGUUUUCUAGGUCGUCGUUUUCUAGACACCCAUCAAAAUUUAGCACUUUUUCACGAGCUAAAAAAGCGGAUUGGUACAAGGCUUUGAACACCAAGACUUGUUUAGUCUGAAAGAGCACUCUUUUUUCUUCAAAUUAGCGAAAUAAAAUUUUUGGGUAAAUGAAAUCACGAGCGCUGACAAAGCGAAGCAAAUGUAAAUGUUAUACUAAAAACGGGCGAAAAAACGUGACCUCUGACCGAAGCACAACCAAAUGCGAAUUACGGUAGGCGCCAAACCUUUAAUUAUUCGGUAACUUCUCGAAACAAUAUUGGUCCGAAACGUGUAUAGAUUCUUUUAAAUAAAGCUGAGUUAAAGUAUUAAUUGUCAAAAAGUCCACAAAGCGGUAAAAAAUACAACAAAAGUCACGAGUAUUAAAUCUGUUCCCUUUUCUGAGUUUUAUGCAGCGAUUUAUGCGAUUUAACGAAUUAACAAUUUUUAAUCCAACGAUACCCACCUGAGACUGUGUUAGUUUAAGAGUCCAUAGAACUUCUCAAUAGAUUUCUCGGAAAGACCUCCAGGAAGAAAUGAAUGAAGAAUUUGAACUUAUAACUGUAAAAAUUUCACUCGCCGCCACGGGAAAACGAUAACAACUGUCGAACUGCCACAGGCAAACCAGCUUUCAGUGCGGUCAUGCAAAGCAUGUCACGUCACGUAAUUCGGCCCCGCGCAUUUGGAAAGGAGGGAAGAAAUUCUUCCAUGCUGUGCGCUAAAACAUUUAUGACAUAAAACUAGCUUUGGACUGUAUCUUUUGUAACUAAUUAAAGAAAAGAAUAACUUUUCCCCUGUUUUUGCUCGAGGAACGCAGUGCACUUCUUUUACUUUAUCUGCUGUUUAUAAUUAUUGUGUUUCAAGUUCAGAACGUGCAUCUGUAGUUAGCAAUUGGUGUGUUCGAAUUUAUACCGAAUGCUGUUGAAAGGAUAUCAAAGGGCACCAAAGCAGUGGCGGAUCCAGGGGGAGGGUCCGGGAGAUCCGAGGCCCCACCUCAUCAGACCUGAUACUUGUUUCAGACUAAAAUCCUUAUAACGAUAGGAUUGUAUAUCACUGUUUAACUGGCUGAAUUUUUUAAUGAAACGCAUGUUGUAUUUUGCCACCAAACUAAAUUCCAGGGAUAUUCAAAAAUGUGAUUGUCUUUGGGUACCCUUCGUAGUCUGUGUAUUUCCCGGGCCAACGGCAACUGGCUUUCACAGAUUGAGAAACACGUAGUUGUCUCUGGCCUUCUCAGUGACUACUGGGAGGGGGUGCGAGGAAACGUUAUUUGCAUUCAACAGUCCUUUCUGAACCAAAAUUUGGACCUCCCCCCACCCCAAUAAAAAAAUAUUGGAUCUCCCCCUGCAAAGAUGUUACUCUGAUUUCGGAGCCAAUCAAGGCUUAUGCUGGCGUGUGCAAGUAAAGCAAUUUUUUUCGAGUUAUAUUAGAGGCUCACUUGUAGGACGAAAAACAGUAUAAUUUUAUUUCUGUAAUAUGAAAAUUGUGCUGAUCAUGUGUAUCCUAGAGGAACAAGAGACAUUUUGUUGCGAGCCGUUUCUAAUCAUUCGGUUUCCUGUGGCUCGGUGGUUCCCUGUGUUGAAACAUCCCCACUAAAAGCCAACAACAGGGAAUGAGCUCUUCGGAAGCCAAUGAACUAGUGGCCACAUCCGGAUCUCAAAAAAAGAUUUGGAUAAGUUGAAAGGACAAAUCGAAGGAACUUAUCGACGAAAAGAGAAAAGAAAGCCAGUACAAACAAACUUAAGAAUAUACAUGAUAUCAUUCUUCCCUGUAUUAGUCGGUUUGCAACACAAACCUUUGUCGGGGCUGAUACUGUGGGGUCGUUACCAAAAUUGAACUUAAAACUAAAGUACAUAAUUAUAAACAUCAUUGGUCAUUACAAAGGUAGUCUAAUAAACCUGAACUGGCGCAAGUAAGGAACCAAAAGUAACGACCUGACCCUGGUUGAUCAAACAACCGAUCAUUUUUCCAAGUACCGUGUGGAACGAAAUUUUUGCGGGAGUUUAUUUUUGCGGAUUGGCGAUUUUUUGUGUUUUGCGGGAACUAAUUUUUGCGAUUAGGACAGACUGGUUUUUCUUGGUGGGGAUUAAUUUUUGUGAUUUCAGAAAGUACCCAGUACCCAGCAUUGAUAAUAUUUUCGUUUUUAUUGACUACGUGCAAAAGAAAUACAUAUUUUCAAACAAUACUAAGGGUGCGUCAGUAUUUGUUUCUGAAAAAAAGAGACCAGUUGUAAUUGAGCAGACACGAUUUCUUGGUACUGUAUUCUUGUGUAGUGAAUUUACGUUAGGGAAUACAGUAUUUCCUCUGGAGUAAAUUUUUGCGGGAAAUAUUUUUGCGGUAAUUUUUAUUUGCAGGAACUUAUUUUUGCAAAGUACUGACAGUCAUGAAAUCCUAUCAAUAAAAUUCAGCCGUGAGUGAAAUAGUGAAAAUGACAAGAAGACUGAGGGGAAAAAUAAUAACAGAUCAGUCCACUGUGUUUAAUUUUGUUUCGCCUGACAUUUUAUGUAAGCGAACGGGAAUGACAUAUUUAUUUGUUCUGGAGCGAUGAAUUUUUUUAAAAGCACGUUUCAUAGCAAAAAUUUGCCAAAACUUUAACUGAGAGCCAUUGCUAGAUUCUAUGGUAUUUUUUCUCGUUCCUUUUUAGCUCAUGGAUGACGUAGUCAUGCCAUGGGCUUUUGGAGGCACUCGAAUGGCACUCGAUCACUCACUCACUCACUCACUCACUCACUCACUCACUCACUCACUCGAUUCUGAUUAAUUUAUUCAUUAAAGUCAGAUUAAACACGUUACUCCUACCUCCCCUACUUAGUAUUACUUUUGUUCCAGGUACCUUUUACGUAUAUGUUUGGAAUAUUCUAGAGGGUACUAGUAAGGCGAAUUUUUUUUCCCGACGCAUCAAUAAUAGAGAUGGGAAUAUUCUAAAGCACUGAUUAUAUCGUCCGCAAGAAAUGGACUUAGAAUUGUUAAAAGGACAUUGAAAUAAUUGAGCGUGGAUCAUUGUUGUAUAUUUGGACGAAUUGUGCACAUUUGUUCCCGAUAUUAUACUUGACAUGGAGAAGAUGCGAUCAACAGGAGUGUGAAAUAGCUAUUGCAGCCUGACGACUGUGACGAUGGGAUUUCGUUCAGCGAAAAGCGAAUAAGCCAGAGAGCCUUAUAAUCACUGCAAACAAACGGUCCUCGAAUUGUUAAAGCGACAUUGAGGAGUAUCUAUUGUGGUUUAUUCAGUUAUCUGGACGAAUCCGUUUGACCAUUUGUCUUCGUAUGCAAACAGGGGAAUGAAUUAAUGUUGGGUCAACUAGAAGCACAGGUUUUAGAACCAACAAGCGUUACGCUACUUUGCUUGAAUUCUUACGUGAUCUUUGCCUUGAAGUAGGCUUUUGUUUGUCGGUGAUUCCAUUUAGCAGUGCUAUUAAUGUAAUUUCUACAAGAAAUGCUGCGCUGGUAUAAACAAGUCUCUAGAACAUUCAGUUGGAGAAAGGCAAUCGGAUACUUCGACUGCGUUUAAAUUACUUGGCUAGGUCAGAGCACGUACUCGUGUUUAUCAAAAGCGCGUUCUAAAGCAGUUCAAUUUAGCCAUAAAUGCCUGUAUUCUGUAUUUGAUAUAGCAGGUACUGCAUAUACCAACCGGUACGUACUCAUCAUGUGGAAACAUUUAUUUAAAAGCAUCGCACUUUUAAAACCGCGGUUUAAAACUUCUGAAAACUCGUGUAUGUAAAACUUGGCUAUUUUACAAGAAAGUGCACCGUCGUUCGGAAAGUGUUUGACAGUCACACGAGAAAGCAAAUUAUUUUACAACUAAAAAGCGUCAAUAAUUGCUUUUAAAAAUGAUCUUUGCUUUGUACGUAGAAAUGCUGCGCUGAUAACAAGUUUCUAGAAUAUUCAGGUGCACAUGCAAUCGAAUACUUCGAGUCGCGCUGUAUUUUGGUAAGUCCGUACACAAUGAACCGUUCAAAAAAAUUUAUAUGUUUUUCUUUGAUUAUUGAACUGUCUUUUCUACACUAAUUCAAUUCAUCCAUGAGCUCGCUCCUAGGAGCCUUUGAUUUUUUUCUAGUUCUGUUUGGUCACAUGAACCGUGAUGUCAGCUUUUUAAGUUAAGAUAACCAUUUAGGACGUUGUGGACAUGUCUCAUAUUAUCUCAGUCGUGACAGAUGAAACCUUAAUACACUUGGGUUCAAAUGUUAUUACGGAUGGACCUUUAUUACACUUGGAUCCAGUUAUUGCACUUGUGCCUUCCACAAGUUCCACAGACAAGAAAUCCGGAUCCAUGAAGCGAAUUUGGCCUAAGAGGCAACCAAACAUUUAGCCUCCCUUGGUGGCUUUUCAGGGAAGUCAUGUUUUCCCAUAUUUCCUCCCUUACUUAAGACCAAGAUAUGUGUCAUUUAUACCAGUCUGUAAAUAAAGUGAAGGGAAAAUCAGAAAAUUUAGGGUAACGUUGUUGAGAUCAAAGGUUUGUGGGGAGGGAGAAAUUACAAAUUCCCGAAAAACGCCUGCUCAUCAAGUCCGAGGCGGAAGAGGCGCCUUUGCCCUCAAGCGAGGGCAAAAAUGAAACAGUCCAGAGCUAAUUUUAUUUCAUAAAUUUUUUUGGCGCACGGCGUGGAAUAAUUUCUUCCCAAGACCCAUUAUGGCUCUUGUUUCUUGCCUCCUUCCCAAAUGCGCUGGGCAGAAUUACGUGACGUGACAUGCUUUGCAUGACUGCACUGAAAGCUGGUUUGCCUGUGGCAGUUCGACAGUUGUUUUGGUUCAUUGCGGUGGCGGCAAGUGAAAUUGUUACAGUUAUCAGUUCAAAUUCUUCAUUGAUUUCCUUCUGGAGGUCUUUCCGAGGAAUCUUCUGGGAAGUUCUAUGGACUCUUAAACUAACACAGUCUCAGGUGGGUAUCGUUGGAUUAAAAAUUGUUAAUUCGUUAAAUCGCUGCAUAAAAUUCAGAAAACGGAACAGAUUACUUGUGACUUUUGUUGUAUUUUUUACCGCUUUGUGGACUUUUGACACUUAAUACUUUAACUCAGCUGUAUUUUAAAGAACCUAUACACAUUUCAGACCAAUAUUGUUUCGAGAAGUUACCGAAUAAUUAAAGUUUGGCGCCUACCGUAAUUUGCAUUUGGUUGUGCUUCGGUCAGAGGUCACGUUUUUCGCCCGUUUUUAGUAUAACAUUCACAUUUGCUUCGCUUUGUCAGCGCUCGUGAUUUCAUUUACCCAAAAAUUUUAUUUCGCUAAGUUGAAGAAAAAAGAAUGCCCUUUCAGGCGAAACACGCCUUGGUGUUCAAAGCCAUGUGCCAAUCCGCUUUUUUAGCUCGUGAAAAAGUGCUAAAUUUUGAUGGUUGAUUAAGCGAUUUUGAGUCAACAACUUUGAAAAUUUCUUUAAAAAUCUCUUGUCGACCAAAUCGCGAACUAAUCAGUUACAAUUAUAGAGGAAAGAUAGAAAAAAUGUGAAGUGUCAUUAUAUUUUAGUAGCCAACUUUAUUUUAAAAUAUACGAGCCACUGAAUAUGACUCUAAUUUCGCAUGAUUUUUGCCCAUUUUAGGCCUCGGGAAGGAAAAAAUUCGUUAAAAAAAUAUUAUUCACUCGAUCGUACUUAAACCAACGAUUUUGUAACUAGGGCCCAUAGGGCUUUAUUCUGGCCGAGUUUGAGGCCAGGUCAUUUUUUGGCUAUUUCCACGUCUAGUUGAUAUUUACGCGGAGUCGCUCUUAAUUAAUGUAUCGGUCAAAGUAAUUGACCUCUGUUUGACCUUUUUAUUGUUGUAUUGAAUCGCCGGUAUAGGUAUUGAAAUUCAUUAUAAACACAACUCAAUAUAUUCAUAUAUUCAAAGCCUGAAUCCAAUAUUAAAAAUAUUAAAAUUUAAAUGCCUUCAAAUACAGCACAAACCUUGUAACCAAUUGGCCAAAAAGGGUAAUGGUUCAUGAUAACCAUCACUAAUAUAGGGACAUUCCAUGACCACUUUGCCCACCUUGAGAAAGUUGAUGUUUGGUAGUUGCUGUAGUUGCUGUACCUGGUGUAGUUAGUGUAGUUGGUGUAGUAUAUGUAGUUGGUGUAGUUAGUGUAGUUGCUGUAGUAUAUUUAGUUGGUGUAGUAUGUGUAAGACUAUGUGUAGUUAAUGUAGUAUAUGUAGUUGGUGUAGUUAGUGUAAUUGGUGUAGUUAGUGUAGUUGCUGUAGUAUAAGUGGUUGGUGUAUUAAGUAUAGUUGUUGUAGUUGGUGUAGUUAGUGUAGUUAAUUUAGUUGCUGUAGUUGGUGCACUAUGUGUAAUUGGUGUAGUUUGUGUAGUUGGUGUAGUUAUAGUUGGUGUAGUUUGUGUACUUGGUGUAGUUAGUGUAGUUUGUGUAAUUUGUGUAGUAUGUGUAGUUUUUGUAGUUGGUGAAGUAUGUGAAGUCGGUGUAGUUGGUGUAGUUCCUGUAGUUGGUGUGGUAGGUGUAGUUAGUGUAUAGUUGGUAUAGUACCUGUAGUUUGUGUAGUAUGUAUAGUUUGUGUAGUUGGUGUAGUAUAUGUAGUUGGUGUAGUUGCUGUAGUUAGUGUAGAUGAUGUAGUAUGUGUAGUAUGCGUAGUUGGUGUAGCUUGUGUAGUUAGUGUGGUUGGUGUAGUAUAUGUAGUUGGUGUAGUUGCUGUAGUAUAUGUAGUUGGUCUAGUUGGUGUAGUUGCUGUAGUUACUAUAGUUUGUGUUGUUGCUGUAGUUAGUGUACUCCGUGUAGUAUGUGUAGUUGUUGUAGUUGGUGUAGUUACUGUAGUUGGUGUGGUAGGUGUAGUUAGUGUACUUGGUGUAGUACAUGUAGUUGGUGUAGUAUGUGUAGUUGGUGUAGUAUAUGUAGUUGUUGUAGUUACUGUAGUUGGUGUAGGAUAUGUAAGUGGCGUCGUUGCUGUAGUUGAUGUAGUUAAUGUAGUUGGCUUAGUAUAUGUAGUUGGUGUAGUUUGCUGUAGUUUGUGUAGUUGCUGUAGUUGCUGUAGUUAGUAUAGUCGGUGUAGUAUCUGUAGUUUUUGUACUUGGUGUAGUUACUGUAGUUGGUGUGCUUGGUGUAGUUACUGUAGUUGGUGUAGUAAGUGUAGUUGCUAUAGUAUAUGUAGUUGGUGUAGUUAGUGUAGUUGUUGUAGUUGUUGUAGUUGUUGUAGUUGGUGUAGUUAAAGUAGUUGCUGUAGUUGCUGUAGUUGCUGUAGUUGGUGUACUAUGUGUAGUUGGUCUAGUUGGUGUAGUUAGUGUCGUUGUUGUAGUAUAUGUAGUUGGUGUAGUUACUGUAGUUAGUGUAGUUGCCGUAGUAUAUGUAGUUGGUCAGGUAUGUGUCGUUGGUGUAGUUAGUUUAGUUAGUGUAGUUUGUGUGGUUGGUGUAGUUAGUGUAGCUGGUGUAGUUACUGUAGUUGCUGUAGCAUACGUAGUUGGUGUAGUAUGUCUAAUUGGUGUAGUUAGUGUAGUUAGUGUGGUAUAUCUAGUUGGUGUAGUUAAUGUAGUUGGUGUAGUUAGUGUAGUUGGCGUAGUUACUGUAGUUGGUGUAGUAUAUGUAGUUGGUGUAGUAUGUGUAGGUGGUGUAGUUAGUGUAGUAUAUGUAGUUGGUGUAGUUAGUGUAGUUGCUGUAGUUGCUGUAGUAUGUGUAGUUGGUCUAGUUGGUGUAGUUAGUGUCGUUGUUGUAGUAUAUGUAGUUGGUGUAGUUACUGUAGUUAGUGUAGUUGCUGUAGUAUAUGUAGUUGGUGUAGUAUGUGUAGUUGGUGUAGUUAGUUUAGUUAGUGUAGUUUGUGUGGUUGGUCUAGUUAGUGUAGUUGGUGUAGUUAGUGUAGUUGCUGUAGUAUAUGUAAUUGGUGUAGUUAGUGUAGUUGCUGUAGUAUGUGUAGUUGGUCUAGUUAGUGUAGUUGGUGUAGUUAGUGUAGUUUGUGUACUAUAUGUAGUUGGUGUACUAUAUGUAGUUGGUGUAGUUUGCUGUAGUUUGUGUAGUUGCUGUAGUAUAUGUAGUUGGUGUAGUAUGUGUAGUGGGUGUAGUUAGUUUAGUUAGUGUAGUUUGUGUGGUUGGUCUAGUUAGUGUAGUUGGUGUAGUUAGUGUAGUUGCUGUAGUAUAUGUAAUUGGUGUAGUUAGUGUAGUUGUUGUAGUCGUUGUAGUUUGUGUAGUUGGUGUAGUAUGUGUAGGUGGUGUAGUUAGUGUAGUAUAUGUAGUUGGUGUAGUUAGUGUAGUUGCUGUAGUAUGUGUAGUUGGUCUAGUUAGUGUAGUUGGUGUAGUUAGUGUAGUUUGUGUACUAUAUGUAGUUGGUGUACUAUAUGUAGUUGGUGUAGUUUGCUGUAGUUUGUGUAGUUGCUGUAGUUAGAUAGUCGGUGUAGUAUGUGUAGUUUUUGUACUUGGUGUAGUUACUGUAGUUGGUGUGCUUGGUGUAGUAGGUGUAGUACAUGUAGUUGGUGUAGUUACUGUAGUUGGUGUAGUAAGUGUAGUUGCUAUAGUAUAUGUAGUUGUUGUAGUUAGUGUAGUUGUUGUAGUUGUUGUAGUUGGUGUAGUUAGAGUAGUUGGCGUAGUUACUGUUGGUGUAGUAUAUGUAGUUGGUGUACUAUGUGUAGGUGGUGUAGUUAGUGUAGUUAGUGUAGUAUUUGUAGCUGGUGUAGUUAGUGUAGUUGCCGUAGUUGCUGUAGUUGGUGUACUAUGUGUAGUUGGUCUAGUUGGUGUAGUUAGUGUCGUUGUUGUAGUAUAUGUCGUUGGUGUAGUUACUGUAGUUAGUGUAGUUGCCGUAGUAUAUGUAGUUGGUCUAGUAUGUGUAGUUGGUGUAGUUAGUUUAGUUAGUGUAGUUGGUGUAGUUUGUGUGGUUGGUGUAGUUACUGUAGUUGGUGUAGUUAGUGUAGUUGCUGUAGCAUACGUAGUUGGUGUAGUAUGUCUAGUUGGUGUAGUUAGUGUAGUUAGUGUAGUAUAUCCAGUUGGUGUAGUUAAUGUAGUUGGUAUAGUUAGUGUAGUUGGCGUAGUUACUGUAGUUGGUGUAGUAUAUGUAGUUGGUGUAGUAUGUGUAGGUGGUGUAGUUAGUGUAGUAUAUGUAGUUGGUGUAGUUAGUGUAGUUGCUGUAGUUGCUGUAGUAUGUGUAGUUGGUCUAGUUGGUGUAGUUAGUGUCGUUGUUGUAGUGUAUGUAGUUGGUGUAGUUACUGUAGUUAGUGUAGUUGCUGUAGUAUAUGUAGUUGGUGUUGUAUGUGUAGUUGGUGUAGUUAGUUUAGUUAGUGUAGUUCGUGUGGUUGGUGUAGUUAAUGUAGUUGGUGUAGUUAGUGUAGUUACUGUAGUAUAUGUAAUUGGUGUAGUUAGUGUAGUUGUUGUAGUCGUUGUAGUUGGUGUAGUUUGUGUAGUUGGUGUAGUAUGUGUAGGUGGUGUAGUUAGUGUAGUAUAUGUAGUUGGUGUAGUUAGUGUAGUUGCUGUAGUUGCUGUAGUAUGUGUAGUUGGUCUAGUUAGUGUAGUUUGUGUAGUUAGUGUAGUUUGUGCAGUUGGUGUAGUUAGUGUAGUUGGUGUACUAUAUGUAGUUUGUGUAGUAUGUGUAGUUGGUGUAGUUUGUGUAGUUGGUGUAGUAUAUGUAGUUGGUGUAGUUGCUGUAGUGGGUGUAGUUGCUGUAGUUGGUGUGGUAUGUGUAGUUAGUGUAGUUGGUGUAGUAUAUGUAGUGGGUGUAGUUGCUGUAGUUGGUGUAGUAUGUGUAAGUGGUGUAGUUAGUGUAGUUGGUGUAGUAUAUGUAGAUGGUGUAGUUGCGGUAGUUGCUGUAGUAUGUGUAGUUGGUGUAGUUAGUUUAGUUUGUGUAGUUGUCGUAGUUAGUGUAGUUGGCGUACUAUAUGUAGUUGGUGUAGUAUGUGUAGUUUGUGUAGUUGGUGUAGUAUAUGUAGUUGCUGUAGUUGCUGUAGUUGGUGUAGUAUGUGUACUUGCCGUAGUUAGUGUAGUUGGUGUACUAUGUGUAGUGAGUGUAGUGAGUGUAGUUGGUGUAAUAUGUGUAGUUGGUGUAGUUAGUGUAGUUGGUAUAGUAUAUGUAGUUGGUGUAGUUAGUGUAGUUGGUGUACUAUGUCUAGUUGAUGCAGUUUGUGUAAUUGGUGUAGUUAGUGUAGUUGGUAUAGUUACUGUAGUUGGUGUAGUAUACGCAGUUGGUGUAGGUAGUGUACUUGGUGUAGUUAGUGUAGUUGCUGUAGUAUAUGUAGUUUGUGUAGUUGGUGUAGUUAGUGUAGUUGGCGUAGUUACUGUAGUUGGUGUAGUAUAUGUAGUUGAUGUAGUUAGUGUAGUUAAUGUAGUAUAUGUAGUUGGUGUAGUUAGUGUAAUUGGUGUAGCUGCUGUAGUUGGUGUAGUUAGUGUAGUUUGUAUAGUUACUGUAGUUGGUGCAGUAUAUGUAGCUGGUGUAGUUGCUGUAGUUGAAGGAGUAUAUGUAGUUGGCGUAGUUAGUGUAGUUAGUGUUGUUGGUGAAGUAUAUGUAGUUCGUGUAGUUUGUGUAGUUAGUGUCGUUGGCGUAGUUACUGUAGUUGGUGUAAUAUAUGUAGUUGGUGUAGUAUGUGUAGUUGGUGUAGUUAGUAUAGUUGGUGUAGUUAGUGUAGUUGCUGUAGUAUCUAUAGUUGGUGUAGUUAGUGUAGUUGGCGUAGUUACUGUAGUUGGUGUAGUAUAUACACCAACUACACUAACUACACCACCUACACAUACUACACCAACUACAUAUACUACAACAACUACACUAACUACACCAACUACAUAUACUACAGCAACUACACUUACUACACUAACUACACCAACUACACCAAGUACACAUACUACGCCAACUACAUAUACUACAGCAACUACACUAACUACAGUAACUACACCAACUACAUAUACUACACCAACUACACUAACUACUCAUACAACACCAACUACAUUAACUACACUAACUACACCAAGUACACCAACUACAACAACUACACAUACUACACAAACUACACAAAAUACUAACUACAUCAACUACACAUACUACACCAACUACAUAUAGUACACCAACUACGCUAACUACACCACUUACACAUACUACACCCACUACAUAUAUUACACCAACUACACUAACUACACCAACUACACUAACUACACCAACUACACAUACUACACCAACUACAUAUACUACACCAACUACACUAACUACACCAACUACACUAACUACACCAACUACACAUACUACACCAACUAGAUAUACUACACCAACAACACCAACUACACUAACUACACCAGCUACAGCAACUACACCAACUACUCUAACUGCAGCAACUACACCAAACAGGAAUGUCCCUAUAUUCGUGACGGUUAUCAUGAACCCAUUACCCCAAAAAGGUACCAUCUUUUCCACGAAAAUCCUCUAACACUGCGUCCCCCAUGACAGCUCGCCACGCCAGAUGUUUCACAUGAAAUCGAGGGUGCAGUUCAAAUUCCCCACCCGUAACCCAUGGGGAUCAAAUUCCCCACCCCCUGGAAGAUUCUGAUAAUCAAAUUCCCUCCUCCCCGGGACAGCAAAGGUGUCAAAUGCCCCGGGGGGGGGGGGGAUGUUGAAGCUUCGAUUUGACCGAUACAUUUGGAAGUUACCAUCAGAGAGAGCGAGAUAUAAUAGCAACCCGGCCUUAUGAAAACAGUGAAGGAACCCCCAGACUCUGAUGACACACCGAAAUAUUUAACAUUACAUGAACAGACAAAAUUGAAGUAAAAUUAUAAAAAAGUGGUCGUUUUGUGGUUUUAUAAAACAUGUACAGCUAGCCACCCAGUUGUUCUUAUAUGUUACCUUGGAUUAUUAUAAUGCCUGCAAGAAAUACGUGUUUACGUGACGAGACGAAUUAAAAAGGCGACUACAUUCGGGAACAACAAAAUCUUGCUGUGUGAGAAACCUUUCCACGUUUAGAGAAGAAUACAAGUUAAAAACCAACGGGCCUGGUGUAAUUCUUGUGCUUACCUUAUUUUCAAUAUAAAGUUGACAGAGAGCAUUUGCAUUCUAUGGUUUUUAUGCUGGACAGUAGGACAAAUAUGUUGGUUUGACAUUGUUUUAGUACAGGAGAACCCCAGAACCAAAAGAUUAAAACCAAAAUAUAUAUGUGGGAGAUGCAGUGAUCUACACACCUUAAUCUUGACUGCCUUUCCUCUUUUGUAGUACAGUGGAACCCCGCCUUACGACCACCCUGUUUAUACGACCACCUCGUUAUCACGACCAUAUUCUUUCGACCCAAACGUAGUGAUAUCAGACGCUGUUAAUGCGACCGCCUCGUUAUUACGACCAGGAUUUUAUUGCCCAACUUUGGUCAUAUUAACGGGGUUCUACUAUACUGUUAUAUCAAAAACGAGGUUUUCACUACAUCUGGGUCAAACUGCAGUUUGGUGGUGUAUCCGAGACGAACCAGCCGGGAGACCCAGAAAAAAAUGCAAAACUCUCUCGACUGGUUUGUGGCCCCAAACAUAUCGGUAAUUCACCACUUCACCACACAUCAUUCGAAAUAACGCGAAUUGCGAAAAGCUAAACUUCCUUGAAACAAUUAAGAGACGCCACAACAAGAACUUUGUUUUUCAUUUUGUUUUUAUUAUAGUUUUGACCGUUAAGACGGUAUUCAAAGUGGUCGCAGGUGGCAUCAUAGUGUCUUCUACUCUGGAGGUAUUAAGUCGCGGGUCCACAUUUGACCAGCUCGUUUCUGCAGUUAAUAAGUGCGUGCUUCCUGCUGGCACCAGCCUGAUUCAAAUAACCGAGGGCUGCGUCUGCCUCACAGUUCAAGCUGAAACUCUUGCAGCACUUGAAGCUUUGUGGAGUUUGUAUAAGAAUGGCACGCUAAGAGCACGGUUACAGGACUUCUUUGUCACUGAAGAAGUACGCGAAGAACUUGCCGGAGGGGAGGAAUUGGAGGUGAUUGUGACCAUUGAGGAAGGAGAGUACCAAAAGGCUCUUCAUGAGCUGUCCAGUGAAAUUGAAGGUAACGUAUUCACUCAUGACUACCCCGUCUCCAUUUUUACAACAAACGUUUUGAGAAUUUUGAAUCCAAACCGUCCAUUCUAAAGUUAAAGUCAACUGCCGUUAUUCGGCACACCUCGGGGUCGGGUUCCUUAUUUUUUAACUUCCAUAGAAACUUGUACCUUCACUUUUUGGAAUUUGCAAACCUCGUGAAAAAAAUUAAGUGGACUGGCCUUUUGGUGCGUCUCUCCACUUCGAGAUCGGUACUUUUAAAGACCGUGUUUUAAAAAUACUUUUCUACACCUUGUCUCGUGAAGUCGCUACCCUGUUAUAUGCCUACCUUUGGGUCCUACCCACUCGGGUAGGAAAAUCAGAACACGGGAUUCACUUUAUCUUGCUCGCCUGCGGAUUCAGCCACAUAGACCGCUUGUCACGGUUUUAGAUGCUAUCUUGACGAGUAGGCAACCGCGUGAGAAAUUACGGUGUUUGUAUGAGAAUCUAAUGCCGUGUAAUUUCCGUAAAACGGCUGUUCUGAAAAAAAAUAUAUUAAUUGCAAACCAAAGCUACACAACAAAGGAUUUUACUAACAAAUUUUGGAGGCCGUUACUGUGCUUAAAUUUCUCCAGACGCUUGGUUUAGAUUUUCCACAUAUUUGUCUGCAAUUUUUGCGGGGAAAUUUUAGUCGGUAGCAAGAGAAAUUUUUACAGACAAAAUUUAUCGAAAAUUUGAAAAAGUGGUUGUAGCGCAUGUAGCUGCAUGUAUUGCUCUCAAAUUUUUUCAGCAGGAUCGUUACGAGUGAAUCUUUAGCUUACAAUUCAUUUUUUCUUUUCCAGAACAGCCGUUUUACGGAAAAAUUAUUUGACAUUGAUUCUCACACAAACACUGUAAUUUCUCACGCGGAUGCCCACUCGUCAACAUGGCUUCCAAACCGUGACAAAGUCUCUUAUAAAGUGCAUUAUAAGGAGUACCCCUUACCCUGCUUGUUACAGUUGAUAAUGCCUGCCACCUACCUUUACUACUGUGAAGUCUGGUACCUGUUUUCUCUCUGAAUUUAGAAAGCCCUGAUAGUUGUGUAGAAGCGAAACCCAUGAGAAUUCACCGCAGGAAUUCUGAUUCUAACCUGUACUGCAAGACGAUGGUUAGUGAAGGCUCAGGGCAACCACCUGUUGUAACAGAGAGACGUCCUGUCAAUCAGUCCAGAUACUUGGAUCAGGAAAGAUUUGCUUUCGUUCAGAAUUAUCUGGAAAAAGCCGAAGAUGCCCAAAGCAUGACAACUGAAACGAGUGACAGUGGGAUACCGGGAACACAUGGUGCGCCUUCUGAGUUUGGACUGGAAGACACGAGCGGUAAGUGAGUGAAAAGUUACUAUCCUGUGGAACCUUGAAAUGAAUAACCUAAAUGUCCUAGUCUUGAUAGAGAACAACGGAGAUUUCUACCCAGUACAUAGUCUUUUAGUUCGUAAUCUUGCAGUGGGAGGCCUUUCUGACUAUUAGUGUGUUCUGUUCCAGGCGUUGCCUAAUAACACACGCUUGAACUCCACGUCAUGUUAAUCACCACUCCUCCUCUUUAACAAGAAUUUAUGUGUGAGUUUGUUUUUCUCUUUUUAGAAUCGUCUUAUAAACGUCGCUUGCAAGAUCUUCCCGAAAAGGUCACCAAGGAAUUGAAGUGGCAACUUCAAAUCGACCCAGUUGCUGAAAAGUGGUUUUAUGAAUCAUUCGGGCUCGCUCCUCCCAAAGAAGGUAGAGAUCCCCGAGUCCUCGAAGACCUCGAAAUUCUGUUUCCUGAAACUCCUUUGAAAUUACUUAAAGACGUGUUUGACGCCUUGCAAUUAUAUGACCUCGUAGAUCUCUUGGAGAAGGAGAAACCACGAACACUUCGUCCUUCUCUUCCACUGAGAGACAUAAGAAAAAAACCUAAUUAUGGCGACCGUCCUACGAGGUUUUACAGUAAAGCAGCAGUGUUGACAAUCGGCACCGGAACACUGGGUCAAGCCCAGAGUUACACCCAGAGAAUUGGGUCAUUUUUUAACGAGUUUAAUUCACGGAGCAAAUUAACCACAAUAUCACUGAAGACUUUUUCUCAAGUAAGUACGGUUCUAAGUGAAUGGAGGGAAAUCAAGAAGGACUUCGUGUGUGGGAAUGUAGGACGGGCUGAGUCGAUUUUAAAAGCGCAACUGCGAUGGGUUUUGAAUGUUGAGGAAGUAUUGAAAAUAAGGGAACAACUAGAGCGGUACGUAGAAAUGAGAAAAUUGAAGAAGAAAGAUAGAAAACUGGAGUUUGAGAAGAGGAUAAACCAGACGAUGGAAGAACUACAGACGGAGGGUGAAAAAUUUAAAAUGAGUGUAGACCAAUGGAUAACGCGUAAAGGUUGGUUGAAAUAACGUUUAACUCCCUACUUGUCAGAACUUGUUUGUUUGUCGGUUUAACAGAAUGAUAUGGACACGCAACGUCACGUUUAGACCCAGAUAAAAUUAAGUAAACAAUGGGCUUCAACUUAGCCUUCACUUCUUAAAGCUUGCUUAUGCCACGGAGAGUAACGAUUUGUUGGUGGAAUUGUGGCAAGAAAAGCGGCCAACCAAGGGGUUAAGGGUGAAGUUGAUUAAAAGGGUGUGAGAGAUGGGUGCGGAGAAGCAUUUAGGGUCCGUUAUUACAUUUGGGCCUUCUACAUACGUUGUGGGAUUAAGAUAAGAAAUUUUGCUGGAAAGUCCUUAGAAACUGUUGCUCACGUCAUCAAACCAGUUUCUCAAGUUGUCAUUACGCCGCUAAUUAUUGUUACUGGCAGAAAAGUAGCAAGACAAAAGUUGUCUUAAGUUGUCUGAGACUGCAUUUCGACAUCGAAAUUCUGUUUUUGGAAACUCCUUUAAAAUUACUUAAAGACGUGUUUGACGCCUGGCAAUUAUAUGACCUCGUAGAUCUCUUGGUGAAGGAGAAACCACGAACACUUCGUCAUUCUCUUCCAAUGCGGGCGAAAAUUGUUAUGCAAAUGUACUUAUGCAACUGAAGUGUGCACAUUGCGUCCAUCGCCAUACGGGUAUCCUGAAUGAAAGAAAUUUCUUCCAGUCAGUUAAUCAGCCGCACAAAAAGAAGGAAAAAAUUGCUCAAGUAGUGUGUCGUUUAACCUGACAGCAACGUGACAUAAUGGGCAUUGAUAGUUUGUACGAUAUUGCAAACUAGUAGGCCCAUUCCUUAACAGCAGUAUUUUGAUAUGGACCGCGGUUCUGUGCUUUUUUGCUUCCAAAACGUUAAACCCUAAUUACGGGGGUGUUAGAUAAUGAUAAUUUUCCAAGCCUAUUUUUGAUCGAAGUGGAUCUGUAUUUUUUUGCUGUAGCUCACUCGGCGAAAAAUAAAAUUUACACAAAUUUGCUUGGGGCCAAUAUGGUGCAAAAGAGUGCAAACGAGGAGGAAAUCAAAGGCAAAAAUGGUAAAUACUGCAUUUGCAUACCGGUUUACAUAGGGUUGUAAGUUCGUGUUCAGCAUUCAAGGUACUUUUCACACCACCGUUGACUUCUUACGUUCUUAAGAAUGGAUUUAAGAAUUUCUUUGCAAUAGCUUAAAGUAGAUUGGUUUACUGAGUUCAAAGGCAAUUAAGUAUUUAAACUGAAGCUUCGCUUUUAGGCUUGGCUAAAUUUAUAUAUGUAAGUUAAUAGUUAUUUGUUGCUUCCCCUCUAGAUGAAGAAUCCGCUACCCUCUUUGUCGUAUUGGUAGAUGCUGAUACGAAUGCCAUUCCUGAUGACGCCUACAGGAUGAUACUGACACGUUUAAAAGAGAAGUUGGCGGAAAUUCCAGACGAACCAAAGUUGGUGGUCUUUCCUAAACCGUGGAUAAAAUUUAACGAAGUAAUCCCAGAGGCACUCGUUGUGCAGUUUCCUACCGACAGAAAUGGUUUUCAGGAGACCAUGCUGGAGGUUUUCUCUAAGCGUUGGCAAACACUGGACCUCGUCUCAAUGAUACACGAGGUACAAAGGACUUUUCCGCUUAAAACAGUCAGUUCCUUCCACUACGCGAGGCCAAUUUGGUGGAUUCGCGAUGACUUCAGGCGCUUUACGAUUGUAGAUGAUCGUUUGUCUUCACUGCCAAGACUUCAAAAGACGGAGGAAAAUUCGAAAACAUGACGAAACCCCAAUUGGUCGACCUGUUCGUUUAAGCCUUUUCAUAACUUCGCAGUAGGACUACUCUGCUGUACCCUGGUCCCAGAGGUUUUUCUUGAUUUUUCUUCGCAAAAGAGAUCAAGAGCAAGCCGCGAAGCGGCGACAACGAGUUGCGAAAGCGACGAAGUGAGAUAGAAAAACCUCUGGUUACCUUGGCCUCGAAUCUCACUUUCAUGCAGACGACAGGGUCAGGAUCUGACCCUCGGGCGUUGAUUGGUUGAUAUUUUUUCAAACACGCAAAACAAUUUGAUUGGCUCGUUUAAUUGGAACUACCAAGGGGACGCUGAAGAUUUUCACACCUCAUUCUGUCUCUCUCUACCAGGGAAGAAAAGUGUUUGUAUGCUGCACUCGCAAUAACAUUUGCACGGGACCAAGGCACGUAAAGGUACGCCAUAUUUCGAGAUUUUGACAUGGAUGUUGUUCCUCAAAGAAUAUUCGAAGAAAUUUUGACCUCGGUACUUGAUGAGCGCUUUCCCGAGUCUCACUGAGCAACAAAAGAAAGCUUUGUUCGCCGCGUUGAGUCGAAAGGAUGUGUUAACCAUUUUAUCAACCGGACAUGGAAAGUAUAUAAUAUUUCAGUCGUUACCUGAUGUUUGCAAGUACCUCUCCUUAAGAGGCUACUUAUACCCUCGCCAUGCAAUAAUUUUGGUUGUCUGUCCUCUCAAGUCUCUUGUGGACUCGCAUAUCCGCGAACUGCGAACCGUGGAGUCUCAGCAACCAGUUUGAGCAGUCCAGACGUUGACCACCAGAAUCUCGUGUCUCGAAAUAUUUACCAUUUUCUGUUACAAUACUGUCAUUCCAUUAAAUAAACUAACUUGUUUAGGGCAGCAAAAUAUAAACCUCCGAAUACGGAAUGAAAGUUUCCUGGUAGAAAAAAAAACAUACAACUUUGUACAAGUACGUAAUUAUUUUCGGUGCAGCUUGCAUUUUCCUGGGACGCCCAAUAUUUAUCUUGAAAGAUCUAAUCAACGUUAUUUUUGGCACUGGGCCAACAAAAAACCUCUGAAAGUACAUUCCGAACCUUAAGGGUUUGUUGUGUUGCAUGAUUCUUCCUAGCGCCGUUGUUCCACAAAAAAAAGGAAAUGGAGCCGCCAAACCAAAAUGCGAGCCAGAUUGCCAGAAUACAUAUUAAUAUUACUAUUUUGAGGGGAAUGCCCGCGAAUCGACGCGAACGGCGCGCCCCGCAAAAGUAAACAAUAUAAUAAGCGCGAUUGAUAGACUCUUGCAAACUUUACAACUUCUUCUCGCUGGCACUUCUGACAGAUAAUCCCGUUGAGUCAUGUACACAGCAGAACAGAUGUUUGUGAAAAAUCCUUGAUGUUAUACCCAAAAACGUUGAUUUUAGAUCGGCCACUUAUUUUUACAUAAAUUCUGCGAAUCCUGCGGCAGUCGUUUGGAACAAUGUUGGUUUCUUUAUAAAGUGGUGUUCUUAUUCCUGGACUCUUGUCGCCCAUCGUUAACACAUGCUUUAGCUUGAUCCCGAUUAACAAAUCACUCUUUACUACCUAAGUGGAGAUGGUUUGUUCAUAACAUAAUCUCCCCAAGUCUACCCCCACUUAAAAAAAAUAGUGGCUGAAAAAGCACGUGUUUGCUAAAUUGCCAUUGGUCACUCUUUUCAUUAGCAACUUGACGCGUUUGACAGCUGUCGUCUGAAUGAAAGUGAGAUUCGAGGCCAAGGUAACCAGAGGUUUUUCUCUCUCUCCUCAUCGCUUUCGCGACUCGUUGUCGCCGCUUCGCGGCUUGCUCUUGAUCUCUUUUGCGAAGAAAAAUCAAGAGAAACCUCUGGGACCAGGGUAACUCUGCUGGAGUAUUAACCUCUUUUCAAUUCCACCGUUGUCACUAUAGUAGAAAAGCAAAAGAAAAGAAACGGCGAGAAUCGAAAAAAAGCACUUGAACUUCGAAAGUAAAAUGGCUUAUAGCUGUUUCUUCUGAGAAUUGUGAUUAUCUAGGAUAAGGCACUGUUGAUAAGGUAUAUCAAUAUUUUUUACAGUGACCUGCGUUGCAGCCAGCCGACGCAUCGUCUAGACCAAUUUUACAGAAGGUUUAGAGUGGUCUGCGACGCAGGCUAACUACAUAUCAGGACAUAUGCGCUAUUUUAAACUUGAGCCAACACAGUUUAAUUUUAGACGAUUGAAUCAGUAUUAUUCGAUAUAUGAAUUCGCCAAAUUUGACUCCGAUGACCAUGGCCUUCAAAACUAAGGGUGCAAAAGUCGCUAGCCGUCAAUGAGCCGGCAGAGAAUUCAGUCCAAUACCUCAGCUCUUAAACGAAUAUCUCGCUUUGUCCCCGUGAACACUAUGAUUUUCCUAUGUAAAACGUUUCUAGUUCGACAUUUAAAUACAGUUUUUGUUGGUCUAGGUAACUUGUGCAGAGCGGUAGACUCAAAGAUGCCAACUAUUAUAUCUUAAGAGCUCUAUUAAUUUAUGACUAAGAAAGAAAGCACCAAAGCUUACAGAAUCUCGUGGGCUGAUGAAUACUUUGAAACACCGUCGUUAUUACCCGGGGGGGGGGGGUACUCCUGGGAAUUCUUGAUGGUGUGCCGCCCGGUGCUCCAAAUCGUGACCCUAUUUCAGAUCAAAAAAUGUAAUUUGCCACCCCUGUUUUCAGACCAGGCCUCUAGAAACCAUACCUGUUUUCAGACCUGGCCGUUAUGUUAUCAUUACUUUGAUCAGAGCGCAAAACAAAAAAAAUUCUUCAAGUCCAUUUCGAAUUCGCAUGUUUCUAUUUCUUUCUUACUCAUUGGGAAUUGAAACUAUAAAUACGUUUAUAGACUGCCGUAGUUCCCUCGAAAACCAUACCGACCCCAGACCAAAAUGGUCAAAGUGAAUACCCGUUUUCUAACCAAAACGGCGCAAAAACGCUACCCAAUGGGGCGGGACAUACCUAUAUAGCUCAUAUAAGGGAGUACCCCCCGGGCUUUAUUACUAAGCUCUGGUGUUGACUUUUAAAUGUCUUCAACUCAACAGGUUCAUAGUACAUUGCCGAUUUAUUUGAAUUUAACUAAUGGGUAAGGGAAGUAACUUGGCACAGCCUUAUGUUAGCACUGAGUGGAUGCUUAAAUCGUUUUCAUUUACGGCUAGCAAGCUGUGGAAUAAGCUACCGUUAUACAUUAGAAACUCCGAUAAUCUUUAAACAAGGCUCUUCCGAAGUUCAGUUUAGAAUUUGUAUACUACUUGUUUUGUUUUGUGUAUGUCACGAGGUUACUUUAUCAUAUCAUGAUUUUUUAGCCUAUUUUAUUCUUUGCUAUCAUUGUUUGUGACCUGUUCCGAAUGUUCAUGUUAAAGUUUAGGUCUUUGUAAAUACAGUUGACUCUCGAUAACUCGAACCCUCGCUAACUCGAACCUCGGGCUAACCCGAACCAAAAUCGAUUUCCCCUGGAUUUCCGUCAUACAUUUACUGUAAUUUUACCCUCGCUAACUCGAAGUAAUUUUUGUUUCCCCUCAGAUCAUUUCCAUAUAAUUUUACCCUCGAUAACUCGAACCAUGUUUUGAGCCCUUAAAAAGUCGGGAAAAAACAGUGUACUGCCUCCGAAGCAUUGAAUUUUGAAUUUCCCAUUGACGUGUUGUAGGCAUCUAGUUUACUAGUGGAUCGAUAGUGGAGGCUGAUGUUGUGUGUCACAAAUCUAACGUGAAAUAGCUUUACUUCUCAAAAAGUAAAAUGCAUGCUCUAUUUAGGCAACGUUUUGUUACUUUACGUUCUGAUUUAUAAUCUAAAAGUAUCUUUCAAUUUUCACUCAACAUUUCUACAAUUAAAUGUGAUUAAAAUGCUCGCUGUGCUGUAAAAACUGUUUUUUUUCCUUACUCCCGGUUAUUUUCUUCGAGCUCCCGAUAACUCGAACCUUUUUCGAUUUCCAUUGAAGGUUCGAGUAAUCGGGAGUCAACUGUAGUUGUUAUAUGAUAAUAUACUUUCAUGUAAUAGAUAUUAGAUCUUACUUAGUUAAAGUUUUUUCCUUAGGUUUUUUUUUGUCUAGUAUAAUAUAUAGAUUUAGCCAGG